AUGACGGUCAGCUAUAAUCUCUCUGUGUCAACGUCUCGACCAUGGACGUUCAUGCGAUUGUUUUUUCGAUGGAAAGGGUCUGUUUGGAGGGCUGUCUACCUGCAGUACAUCACAUGGCUUGUGCUGUUCGGAGUAUUUUCUUUAGUAUACAGGUUUAUACUUAAUGGUAAUCAGCGAAAAAUUUUUGAAGCUCUAGUCGAUUUUACAAACUCACGAAUGGACUAUAUUCCACUUGAUUGGAUGUUAGGUUUUUUCAUCGCAGCCGUUCUCACUCGUUUCUGGUAUUUGUAUAACAUCAUAGGAUUCAUGGAUAAUAUUGCUUUGAUGACAGCUUUAUAUGUCCGCGGUGUGUCAGAGAGAGCAAGACAGUACCGAAGAAACAUUGUUCGUUAUUGCCAAUUAACACAGGUCCUUAUAUUUAGAGAUCUUUCUAUGCCUUGUCGUAAACGGUUUCCAACUUUAGAUACUGUAGCAGCUGCUGGUUUCAUGAUGCCACACGAAAAGGAAAACUUUGACGACAUUCAGUACGGUUAUUCGAAAUACUUCUUACCGUUCAACUGGGCUUGGGCACUCAUCUAUAGGGCACGCUUAGACGGCUUCAUUGAGAGCGAUUAUUACGUAACUAUACUCUCUGAGGAAGUCCGAAAGUUUAGAACUGACUUAGCUUGGCUUUGUAAUUAUGAUUGGGUGCCUUUGCCUAUGAUAUACCCCACCAUUGUCUGUUUCGCCGUUCACGCAUACUUCCUUGUUUGUGUUAUUGCUCGUCAGUAUGUGGAUCGCUCAAAGUAUGAGAACGACGGAAUAGACAUGAUUUUCCCUUUUAUGACAAGUAUCCAGUUUGUAUUAUAUAUGGGUUGGCUGAAAAUAGGUGAAGCUCUACUAAACCCUUGGGGCGAAGAUGAUGAUGACUUCGAGACUAAUAUGCUUAUUGACCGAAACUUCGCUAUGGGUUUGAAAAUUGUUGAUGAAGGUUAUGGCAAGACACCUGAGAUGCAAAAAGACUCUUUCUGGGAUGACGAUUGGGUUCCUCUGUAUUCUGAGGAAUCUGCCCAUGAGCGUAGAUAUAGUAGACGUGAAGGAUCUUUAGCUCAUAUCAAAUUGGCUUCAUCUGUUUCCCAAGUACGAAUGAUACCUCUGUCUCCAUCAUCUGCUCAACUGUCUCAGCUGCGAAAAACAUCUGUACGAGAGAAAAUUGUGCCAGUCAAACCGGAAGAAACAGAGAAUAAGACUGGUAUUGGACGUUUGCUGUCGAGAUCAGCGUCAAUAAUAUCUUUCCAUGGAACACCGAAAAGGGACAAUUCUGCUCCUCGUAAUCUCGAUAGAUUCUCGUCAACCAAGAGAUUAAGAGAUGAUCAUGGUAAUAACACGAGAGAAGAGCAUCCUAUGACUCCUCUGAAUGAUGCCGAUAUCCGUAUAGCAAUGGAAGCGUUAGAAAACGAUAGCAAUAUGAGUACAAAAUCCAGUCAACCCGAAGAAAAACAAAAGGAAGAUUGA